AAAUGAAAUGGAAAGAAGAAGAAGAAGAAGAAGAAGAAGAGAAGAGAAGAGAAGAGAAAGAAAAGGGAGGUUACGGUUUAAGAGUGGUGGGAAUUACGAGUGAAUAUACGGGGAGAAUUUGCAAUUGAAUUCCAGCCUAAGAACACCAUCACCCACUCUCAUUCCUUUUUUUAACCCUAAAGAAUUCUCCACCUCUGGCUAUGGCAACCACAAUUUCCUCCAUUCUUGAACCUGAACCCCAUUAUUAAUACUCCCCCUUUCCCUCCCUUUCACUUUGCUCCACAUUCUUGAUAUAUUCCAUGGAGGUCGCCGGAGACUGGGUUCCCAAGAACCCUCCGGCUACCCCCAUGCAUGUCUUGGAGAUCAAUCUCAUCUCUGCCCAGGACCUCAAAAUCCCUUCCAACCAUUUCAACCCCAAACACACCUACGCCGUCGCCUGGGUUCACCCUUCCCACCGCCUCCGUACUCGUCUCGACACCAUCGGAGGCGAAAACCCCACCUGGAACGACAAGUUCCUCUUCCGUGUCUCCCCUGAGUUUCUUGCCCGCGAAACCUCCGGUGUCUCCAUCGAGAUCUACUCCCUUGGCCGUUUCUGCGAUACUCUCGUCGGUACAGUCCGCUUCCUAAUCGGUAACGUCAUCGCCCCUAAUGACUGUUCCACUACCCCUUCUUUCACCGCCGUACAGGUCCGUCGCCCUUCUGGAAGAUUCCAUGGGGUUUUAAACGUUGCAGUGAUGGUCAAUGGCAACUCUGAUUUCGCUUCCUUGAAUGGGGUUUCUGCCAUUGGUUAUCGCGAUUUGAUGGGGGAAAGUUUGAAUCGGAAACAGAGAACGAGAUCCAAGGUUUGGGGUUCUGAAACUUCUCUUGAUUCUCAUGACCUAGAGUCAUCGGAAAUGUCGGAUGGUAGUGAAUCAUCGAGUUCCUCUGCUUGUUCUCCGUCGAGGAACCCGAAUGUGCUUAGGGAUUUGAACGCGAUCAGGAAUAAUUUGGGGGGAACGAAAACCCUGAAGCCAUCGAAGAGUUCAGGGUUCUUGUGCGGGCUGAUGAUGCAGAAGAAGACGACGAUGACGACGCCCGAUCUCCCUCAAUCGGAGAAGAGCUUCGAGGUUUCUAGGGAAUCGCCAGACAUGGAAAGGUAACAAACAAAAUCCAUAAUGAGAACGUCGGUGGUGGAGGAUGCGAUUGCUCAGAAAUUGAAUCUGAAUUCAAUUGUGAUUUGUAUUGAAUAGCUUUCAUCAGUUCAUUUGAUUCCAAAGAAAUGAAAGAAUGGGAGAGAUUUUGAAAUUCGUUUCAUCAA